ACGCAACAAACACACAGACAGACGGCACCUUUCGCUAGCACAGUGACAGUGAUUCUGCAUUAAUAUUCCACCUGACAAUGGGGUCUCAGGGCGAAGAAAGUGUCCACCCUGAAGUUUUGCAGCAAGAAGAACCGGAAAUUGUAACCACCAUAUUAGAUGGAGUGGCCUCAAUCAUGCAGAUUUACGGAUGGUACAUAUUCGUGGGCAUAGCUGUUGGUAUUUUGGCGUGGCACAAAUGGCUGAGGCAAAAGUACUGGAACUGGCAGAGAGAAAAGGACGAGCGAGAGUACGCUGCGAAAUAUCACAAAAACCCUGACAUUGGAGUUGGUAGAUUUCGAGAAGAAGCAAUGUUGACUGCACGCAGGAAGCAGCAAGAAGAGUUGGCCAGAGCCUCGGCUCUGUACGCGGAACAGGAAAAGGAAAGACAGGAAGAACUAGAAAGACUGAAACUGGAGAACAAUCUACAGCGCAAUCUUGGCAUUAAUCCUGGUCGCAGGCUGGGCAACACUUUGGACAGCAAUGCAGAUGAGGUUAUGGCCAAUGCUGAGCUCAUGAAGAAAGGCCGUGCUUUCAAGAAAGAAUACAAUCCUCUUGAUGGAGGAAGUGGAGGAGCUGGAUACAGGGCUCCCAAGAAAGGUUGUCCUGGAGGUGGCUGUGGUCGCAAGUGAACAAGUAUAGUGUGAAAAGAAUUUAUCUAAUAUAUGUCUUUUCUAAUUCAAUAAUAAAUUGUUUGUACAGUCAAGAUUUUUUCACGUAAUUUGAAUGAAUUAAAUCAUUGACUAAAAUUUUUGAUAUAAUUAGUGAGAUUAUUCAAACAUCUGGAAAAAGUCUUUAAUUAUUUUUUAGUGUUACGAAGUAAAUGAGUGUUACAGACCACAAAAAUUUUAUAUUAAAAAAGGGAAACGCCAUACUA